AUGAGUAAUGAGGUAGCUCAGCCGACUGAGCAAGAUCCUAGCCGCUCAACUUCAUUGGAAGGAACGAAAGGAGUUAAACCACCUACCCUCGACACUUCCAACUUCACCGCAGUUUCCCAACCACCCAGCUCAUCCACACAGCAGUCGACUACUCAAAACACUUUGACAGGAGAUUCCGAUAACGGCUUGAAUUCGACUACCAACGUCGAUAAAGAUCAAGGACGAACCAGCGAACCAUUGCCGGAAACUUCCAAGAAAAAUAAAGACCUACUGAAAGUUCCAUCGAGAUCAUCUUCCAACAAAAUUCAGCAUUCGCCCACUUCUACCGGUUUAAGCGGAGCGACGGCGAGCGAGGGAAGAGAGAGCAUAGGUGGGCGAUCCAAGGAAUCGAAGGGUAGUUUUCUUGGGCGAAGGCGGAAUGGGAGUGCGGCAAGCAGCAAAAUGUCGAUAAAAUCACCUGGAAAUCCCACGGGCGCUGCAGGUUCUCCGCAACCAGCAGUUCAAGACGCUCCUUCAGUCCGUCAGCCAAAAAAGAAGAAGAGCUUUCUUUCUCUUCUUUGUUGCGGUACUCCGGACCACGCCAAUUCGUUGGAUGCACCUGUUCCUGCCAACAAGGUCUCCAAAUUUAGUUUAAGCCGCCCUACAACAGCUAAGCAACCAGACUCGAGCAAGAUGGGACAACAAGCCAGUGUUCCCGCGGUACCACAAGUAGAGAAAGAGAAUCUGCUACAACCCCAACAAGCGCCUCAAGUCGAUAGUGGAGAGGAGAAGCAUGACCCGGCAAGCUCCCAGGAAACCGCCAAAGCUACCCCCUCCUCCUCGGAUGCCAAUGGGGAGCUGAAUCGUCCAAUCAGCGACUCUCGCGAUCAACCUUUGCCAGACUUGCCCACUGUCGUAGAAUCAGAGCCUACGCUACCUGAGACCGCAAAUCCAACAGUAUCUGUUGACGCUCCGGCGAAGUCCGAACCGGCAAUUGGAGCUGCAUCUCCAAGUUCGGAUCUGGCACAACAAGAUGGGGGAGAUGAGAAGAUCGCAAACUUGGAUCUAGGAACUACUGAGACCGAAGAGGCCCCAUUGCCACUCCCAAAAGAUGAACCAAUGGCUGGUCAAACUCUUCCACCUCCGCCACCCGUCCCUCAAAUCCCAACUAUUGAAGACGUCACUGAAACAGAAUCGAUAGAGCAAAAACAGCAAUGGCUCUUACCACCAAUUGCACCAAGAUUUAAAGGAAAAAAAUGUCUGGUUCUUGAUCUCGACGAGACUCUGGUACAUAGUAGUUUCAAGAUCUUACACCAAGCGGAUUUCACCAUUCCCGUAGAGAUUGAAGGGCAAUUUCACAAUGUAUACGUCAUCAAGCGUCCUGGUGUUGAUCAAUUCAUGAAGCGAGUCGGGGAGCUCUACGAGGUUGUGGUUUUCACAGCUUCUGUUUCCAAGUAUGGUGACCCACUUCUCGACCAACUUGACAUUCAUCACGUUGUUCAUCAUAGACUUUUCCGUGAAAGUUGUUACAAUCAUCAAGGAAAUUAUGUAAAGGACCUUUCUCAAGUCGGUCGCGAUCUGAGAGAAACCAUUAUCAUUGACAAUUCUCCAACUUCUUACAUCUUCCACCCGCAACACGCUGUUCCCAUCAGUAGUUGGUUCUCAGAUGCUCACGACAAUGAGCUUUUGGAUCUAAUCCCAGUUCUCGAGGACUUGGCCGGCUCGCAGGUCCGAGAUGUCAGUUUAGUUCUUGAUGUUGCGCUCUAA